GGUGGUACUUAAACCACUGGGAUUAAUCAUUCGGAGGUUCAAUAUUUCCAACCCAAGAACCACACGCUCAACCGCUUCCCUCACAUCUUUUUAACCGGAAUCGAUUGUUGAUCUUUGAAACUCGAGAUGGCUUCUCCAAACCUCAAUGCUGCUGACCUUUUCGGCGUCAAUGGCCUCAUCGCCGUAGUCACGGGUGGGGGAACUGGCAUUGGUCUCAUGAUUGCACAAGGCCUCGAGGCGAAUGGUGCUAUCGUGUACAUCAUCGGCCGACGGAAAGAAGCCUUGGAACAGGCGGCAAAGACAGCUAAAAACGGCAAUAUUCGCACCAUUCAAGGUGACAUAACUUCGAAGAACGACCUCGAGCGAGCGGUCGCAGAGAUAAAAGAGGCCCACGGAUACGUCAACGUCGUCAUCGCCAACUCAGGAAUCGGCGGACCGGCUCUCAAGGGCUUGCCUCCCAACCCUACCAUUGCUCAGUAUCGCGACUUCGUCUUCGGCUGGGAACAGAAGGAUUUCACCGAGACCUUCGCUGUGAACGCCACUGGCGUGUUCUUCACGGUUGCAGCAUUUCUCGAACUCCUUGACGAGGGCAAUAAGCGCAGCAACUUCAAGCAGAGGAGCCAAGUUAUCGCGACAAGCAGCAUUGGCGCGUACAACCGCAACCCAAUGGGUUUCGCCUACGGUGCCUCAAAGGCAGCCGUGGUACAUAUGUUCAAGCAAUUAAGCACCACACUGGUUCCAUUCAACAUCCGCGCCAAUGUCAUUGCACCUGGGUUCUACCCGAGUGAGAUGACCACAGCAACGGUGGAUGCGCACAAGGACGGUUGGCCGAAGACUACCAUUCCGGAAGAGAGGGCGGGAGACGUAGAAGAUAUGGCUGGAGCGGUGUUGUUCUUGGUCAGCAGGGCAGGCGCCUACACCAACGGUAAUGUGCUCGUGACAGAUGGUGGAAGGCUUGGGAUCGUGCCUUCUAGCUACUGAGCGGUGUGUAGCUGCGAAAUCAAGACACAGUGGCUACGGGCCCAAAGACGCAUGAUAGCCCUAGCCCGUCAGAUAGGUCUACGCCGACAUCCCAUAAUAGAAACCCCUCAUCUGUAUUUUUCCUCCCUGUGGUUCAGAAUACGAUGGGUGAUAAGAAAUCAUUCAGCC